CAACUACAAUGCGCAUGGAUGCUGCGUAAUUGCAAAAAUUACAGUUAUGGAACAAAACCACGAUGGCAGCCUGGCCCAUGUGCGGCACAUCGUCUUGGUUCUGUCAGGAAAAGGAGGAGUGGGGAAGAGCACCAUCACCUCUGAGCUGGCUCUUGCCCUGAGGCAUGCUGGGAAAAAGGUUGGCAUAUUGGACGUGGACCUCUGUGGCCCCAGUAUUCCACGCAUGCUGAGUGUGGGUCGACCCGACGUGCACCAGUGUGACUCGGGGUGGGUGCCAGUCUACGCUGAUGCAGAGAAAAGCCUCGCCCUCAUGUCCAUAGGCUUCCUAUUGGAGGAUCCAGAUGAAGCUGUGGUGUGGAGAGGCCCAAAGAAAACAGCUAUGAUUGGUCAGUUUGUGUCAGAUGUUGCAUGGGGAGAGCUGGACGUGCUGCUGGUGGAUACACCACCAGGGACCUCUGAUGAGCAUCUGGCUAUCUUGGAGAACUUCAAGAAGCACAAGCAAGUGGAUGGAGCUGUUUUGGUCACCACACCCCAGGCAAUUUCAACAGGGGACGUCAGGCGAGAGGUCACCUUCUGCAAGAAAACAGGAGUGAGGAUCCUCGGCAUCAUAGAAAACAUGAGCGGCUUUGUUUGCCCUCACUGUUCCGAAUGCAGCAAUAUUUUCUCCAAAGGUGGUGGUGAAGAGCUGGCCAAACUCACAGGCUCGGUUUUCCUCGGUUCCGUGCCCUUGGAUCCCAAGCUCAGCACCUGCAUAGAAGAAGGCGAAGAUUUCUUAAAGUCAUUCCCAAACAGCGCCACCUUCAGUGCCAUUAGCAGAAUUACACACACUCUCCUCAGCAGCCUCCAGGCAGCCUGAGCGACACUCAUCACAGCUUUAUAUUUGAUGGACCACUACUGUGCAUACACAGACUGCUGUCAGCGGUGAAGUUCUGCUAACCACUUAAAUGUGAUUAUUCAUGUCAUUUGAUGUGGAAAUAAAGUUAAAUAAAUGAAAACCCAAAUUGUUUGAAUGUAACGCAAAUGUGAAAUGGUAAUUCUCCCAACAAUUGAAAUGUAAUUUUAAAUCAACCUAUUACACAUUAAAUAGUUUA